AAUUCAGAUUACGUUACAAUUUCUCAGCAAGAAAAAAAAACAUUACCUAGUGUGUGUCAUAUAUGAACCUGUAGCGUGGAGUUUCAAGGUAAAGUGUAACAACUAACAACAUAACAAACGAUGGUGGAAGUUGAAGAGAUUGAGCUGGAUUUGGGAUUGUCCAUAGGCGGAACUUUCAGAAAACCUAUAGAUAAUCCCAAUUCCAAACCGGUUUUGUUUGAUUUGGAUCCACGCAACGAUCAUCGCGUGGAUUCAGCUCAUGCAAAACCGGUUUUGCGUGAGGCUGCGUUGCGGAGGAUGGAGGAGGUGAAGAAGAAGCUAGAGCAGAAGAGGGGAGUUGGAGAGUCCGAACCGGAAUGCGAACCGGCGUGUAAGAAGGGAAAGACAACCGGUUUUCUCGACGGCGGCGUGACGGUUUCAUGGACGACGCCGUUUUGCGUGCAGCAGCAGCCGUACGCGGCGACGGUGCAGUACGUGCCGUUAAGUAACGGCUUGGCGUUGCCGUGUUGGGUUGCGAACGAGAAGAAUGUGGGUGGAGGGGUUGACGGCGUUAAAGGUGGAGAUGGGAAAGCGAAGUCUAAUGGGUCUUCUAGGUGCAGUUCCUCUGCGGUUUCGGAUUACCAAUGUUCUUCUCGUGAAGAUGGUGGAAGCACAGACAGCCACAGCCAUUCAGCUAAUUCUUUGGCAGAACCAACUCAAUUGAACAGUUCCAAGGAAGCUAACAUCAGAAACCAACCUGAAGAAAGUGAUUCAUCUCCUCCGGUAAAAUCCCAACAAUAUGGCAACAAUGUACAAGAAGAAAAGCAAUCUGUGAGGCAAACUCAAUCAAACGUCGUCACGCGACCCGAGCCAGUGAAACUCAGGGAAGAAAAUGCAGAAAACAGAAAGACACUUUCAAUGCCUAAUAGUAAGCCUCUUUCUAAUGAAAAUUCAAGCAAUGGCACCUUGAAGGAGAGCAAAGAUGAGAUAUUGGGAAAGCCACCAUUACCAAAGCCUCUGUCUCAGGCUUCUUCCCUUCCUCAAAUGCCUUAUGUAUCAACUAAAGGGAAUGGACCAAAUGGGAGAACAGUUAAUGGGUUUCUAUACAGAUAUACAAAUUCUGAAGUUAGCAUUGUUUGUGUCUGCCAUGGAAGCACAUUUUCACCUGCUGAGUUUGUGCAGCAUGCAGGGGGCACAGACAUCACUCACCCUCUAAAACACAUUACUGUAAUUCCUUCUGCUUUUGGGUGAUCUGUUUUAAUUUGUCUACAGCUUUGUGUCUCAAGAGUCAAGACAAUUGGAGAAUAAUUUGAUAGCGGGUCAGUUAGCUAUGUUAUUGUUAUGUUUAGGCAGAGAAGAGUAUAUAUUUUGGUUAUAGGAGAGUUUCCUUGUCUACUACUACUCUAAUUGUAUUAAUAACUAAUCUAACUCCAUUGGUUACACGUUUGAUGUUAUGAUUUUUGCUGGAUUCAA